AACAGCCUUCAAUUGCUCCAUGUGUUCCUGUCCCAUCGUUCCAACGGAUAGUACAACGGGAAAUAUCGUCGGGGGAGUUCUUGGUUCACUCUUUGCCAUUGGCAUCAUCGCUGUUCUUGCACUUUUCGUCUUCAAGCUUAACAAUGAAGUCAAACAACUGAAGAAAGAAAACUCACUAUCACAAAAAGAUUCAAAUCGGUAUAGCACUGGUCCAAGUAGCGAGGUAAAUGUUGCCUUUCAACAAAGUCAAAGCGUUCCAUAUGAAGAAGUUGACUUUAAAACAAACACGUACGCUCAGCUAAACAAAGAUGAUGUUAGCGUUCACAUUCCAAACACAUCUGACAAAGAAUAUCCAAUGGAAGUAAUUGAUAUUGGGGCCACAUUAGGUGCAGGUGAAUUUGGUGUUGUAAAACUAGUGAAUGUCAAUGACAAUGUGAAUGCCCCAUUUAUGGCCGCUGCGAAGAUAUUAAGGGAUAAUGCAUCUGAUGACGACCACCGGGCUCUGCUUCGUGAAUUUGAUCUGAUGAAGCAGUUACCAAAACAUAACAAUUUGGUAGAACUUCUGGGUUACUCAAAAUACAAUGACCAAACUAUGAUACUCGUUGAGUAUCUACCCUUGGGAGACCUGCAAAGCUACCUGAGAGCUAACAAAGCAAGAUACAUCAGGUCUGAUAAGUUGGACACCAGUAAAGAAUUAAUACAGUUUGGAUAUCAGAUUGCGUGUGGAAUGAACCAUAUAUCAUCUUUCAAAUUUCUGCACCGUGACCUUGCAGCCAGGAAUAUCUUACUGGGUGCAAAUAAAGUUUGCAAGAUCUCUGAUUUUGGUCUCUCGAGGGAUGUUGCUGAAAGAGAUCUGUACAGUAGAACGUCUAAAGGCCGUCUUCCAAUUAGAUGGAUGUCUCCUGAAGCUCUUUUCCACAAUAUCUACACAACCAAGAAUGAUGUAUGGGCCUAUGGUAUACUCCUCUGGGAAAUACUAACAUUUGGUUCAACGCCUUAUACUGGGAUGAAAGGCAAAGAGGUCAUGGAAUUUGUGAAAGCUGGGAAUGUGAUGGACAGGCCACAACAUUGUAAAGUAACACUAUAUAAUGUGAUGGCAGAAUGUUGGAGCCAUGAUGCGGGUAGACGACCAACAUUCUCAGAUCUCGUGUCCAAAAUGGAGAACAUCUUACAGGAAGAAACUCCUUAUAUGGAAAUGAAGGACUUCAAUGAGGCUCUUUAUGUUAAUGUUAACCCAAGAAAUCUCAAAGAAAAACUUUAGAAACUAUAUGUUAAUUAACUAAUAUAC